UCUCUAUGUUUUGAAUUGUCAAUACAAAUAAUUGGGAUCUGAAAUUAUAGUUUUGAAUAUUGAUUUCUUAUUCUUCGAUUUUAGGAAGCAAAUUCAAAUGGCUUAUAGGAGGAACUUAACAACAAGAGCUAAGUUUCUUUAUCAACAACAAAGAGUUAUUACACCAGCAUUUCAUUAUCCACAUGAUGAUGAUAAAAUAAGUCAAGAACCCACGUGUAAAAAUCCAAGAUUUUCCACUUUUUUCCAACCCCAUUAUGUGAAAAGUGGAAUUAACAGUUUCAAUGGGCCCCAAAGCUCAUUUCAAGAUCGAACAUUUCGCCCUUCCCAACACAUGAUUUGUAUGAAUUUUGGUUCAGUGUUCACUAGGAAUAUGUCUAGUAGUGUUAGUGGUGGUGGAGCAGAAAAGAUAGAGUACAUAAGUGAAGUUGCUGAGCUGGCAGAUAAGGCUGUCGAGGUUGUAACUUCUCAAGUUCCAGCAGUGAAUGAGGUGGCAGUUGCUGCUGCUGAGUCAUAUUUGCCCGUGCAGGUGUUGCAGUACUUGAUUGAUUAUGUUCAUUUUUUUACUGGAUUUGAUUGGUGGGCAUCAAUAAUCGCUACAACUAUUCUUAUUCGAUGUAUAACCCUUCCAUUAAUGAUUAAUCAGCUCAAAGCCACUUCAAAAUUAGCGCUUGUGAAGCCAAAGUUGGAUGCGAUUAACCAAGAGAUGCAAGAUAGGGGUAUGGCUCCGGCAGCUGUCGCUGAAGGUCAAGAAAAAAUGAAAGCAGCAAUGAAGGAAUAUGGAGUUUCACCCUUCACUCCCUUAAAAGGAAUUCUAAUACAAGGGCCAAUCUUUGUCAGUUUCUUUAUGGCUAUUUCAAACAUGGUGGAAAAAGUCCCUUCUUUCAAACAGGGGGGAGUGCUUUGGUUUACUGAUCUAACUACUCCAGAUAGUAUGUACAUCUUCCCUGUUUUGACUGCAUUGACAUUCUGGAUAACAGUGGAGUGCAAUGCUCAAGAAGGAUUGGAAGGAAAUGCUCAUGCUAAAACUAUAAAAAAUGUCUCACGAGCCUUUGCUGCGUUAACUAUCCCAUUUACUGCUGGUUUUCCUAAGGCAGUAUUCUGUUAUUGGAUGACUUCAAAUCUUUUUUCACUCUCCUACGGAUUAGUGAUUAAAAAUCCUGCAGUUAAGAAGUUACUUCGCGUUCCUAUAGUACCUGUAAGUCCUCCAUCUGAACAAAAACCGGGACUCUCAUUUUUCGAUACUCUCAAGAAAUUUGCUGCAGCGCAAGAGCACUUAGUGGCACAAAAGCACGCCCAAUCAUCACUUCCCGAGGCAUCAAAACCCACAAGUCAAGGUCUAUCAUCAUCAUCAUCAUCAUCAUCUUCGUCGUCUUCUGUUCUUGGUCAAAGGAUCGAACGUUUAGAGAAACAAGUAAAAAGAAGAAAGAACAAGAAGAGACGAUAAACGUCGUUGAUUGAAGGAGAAAAUUUGAUCUAGCAGAUUGCCAGUUAUAGGUUAUUAGUCGCUCUUAUACACCAUUGAAAUAAUUGGAACAUAAGCUUAUUUUUCACUUAGUUUAUGAUUCUUGAGAAUUAUAGGUUAGGGGAGCGAGCAGAGUAUGUAAUUUAUUUCAAAGUACUUCAUAGAGAUAUAAUAUUUUUUGUUUUCUUUCUUUUUCCAUACGAAUAUAGGCAUUCGAGAGAAGAUUAUAGUCUGAGAAAUUUUGUAACGCUGACCAGAAUACUGCAGCACUAUAUGUCAGUAGUUUGCUGUAAUAAGCAAAUCCAUUUUGUGACUUGCAACCACAAGUUUUAAUUAUUUUUCACUAAUCUAUUGAAACUUGUUUA